UUCGAAACAGAGGCCCAACGGGAGGCCCAGCCACGCCAGCAUUCGCUCUCGAAGGAUUCUGCAGUGCCUGCUACUAGUGGUGGUGGUGGUGGUGCCCAAACUCCUGUCACUACGCCGACCUCAACGGACGAGAUGGGGGGCUGGAUCAACAUCCGCCAAGUGCUCAGUUUCGAUCUGGGUCAGCAGCCGCAGUAUCGCCCACAGACCGCCUAUGUCCUGCGUGUGCGUCGUGGACGUGAACAGAACCCUGUCAAACUACCAAUCACCCCCACCAUUACUGAGUGGAUGGAGUUCAUCUUUAAGGCGGUUGACAAUACCGACUUUAUUUCCGUUUGUUUACUGUUUACCAAUGAAUCUUUGGAUAAUGUCUCUUGUUGUUCUCUAAAGCCUUCCAAGGGCUGGUCCAAGCCUAAUUUCCUGGACUAG